AAUAGUUAAAAACACAUAUACACACACACACACACACAUAUAUAUAUAUAUAUAUUCCCGUGAUAUUUCUUAAAAUUUAAACCAAGAUGGCUGAGAAUUUUUUCCGUCCUUGGACGAACGAAAGAACGAAGAACAUAGCGGAAAACAAUGCAGAGGAAGAGGACUGCGAUAGCAUCGUAUCACUAUCGAUAGAAGAUAUUAAUGAAUCGCCAUAUGAGGGUAACGAUGAAAGAAGAAGUAACGAGUCGUUAUCCUCAAAUGUAGAAAAUGUCGUUGAAGAAGGAAGCUUGGAUCCUGGAGAGAAAAAUUCAAAUGAAUUCUUGUCCAGGGAUAACGCACGUCCUAAUGCGGAUCAAUUUACAAAUGUUACUUCUAUCGGCAUGAUAAAUUUUCCACCUAAAAGCACUGCAAAUUUCUUGUCAUAUUGCCAAUUAGAUUAUCUACGUAACAUGAACUUAUAUCAACCAUCGGAAAUGUUUACGAUACAGAACAUGAAUGGUACAUGCUGGCCAUCAUCGAGCUUCCUUAACCUUAAUGGAUUUACCGAUCCAUGCUGUACCGCCAUACCACCGGGAAUUCAUCAUUAUGAUACACCAACAAGUUAUACCACAUCCAUUGAAAAAGCCGCCGAGUUGGUCAAUUUACAAGAUGUUGCGGCUAAACAAAUAAAAAAAUUUCGACCGAAGAAAUUUCGCUGCGAGUAUUGCGAUGUGGCCUUCAGUAAUAAUGGUCAACUUAAAGGACACAUUAGAAUACAUACAGGUGAAAGACCAUAUAAAUGUGAUUCCGAUGGGUGUAACAAAAGCUUUACACGAAACGAAGAGUUGACUCGACAUAAAAGAAUCCAUACCGGAUUAAGGCCUCAUAUAUGUAUGCUUUGUGCAAAACGUUUUGGGAGGAAAGAUCAUUUAAAAAAACAUACGAGGACGCAUGAAAAUCGUGAUCCAUAUCACGUAACUGCAUCCUCUUUAGAUAUAUUUUCAUCUGGUAUAGCUUUUCCGUCGUAUCUCUAUCGAAAAUGAAAAAAACACAGAUCGAUUUGAAAGAUCUUACAAGCCAACAAGCAAGCAAUCGGAAGAUUAUAUAAAAUGUAAUUCUGAGGAAUCUGGCAAAAAUUUUACACGAAAUGAGAAAUGAGAACCUAAAAACGUAUUCAUACAGGAUAAAUAUAUUACGUCAUCAUUUUCUUUAGAUAAUCUUCCCUUUAGAAUAAUUCUGAAGGGAAGGUCAUCUAAAAAAAAAAAAAAAAAAGAAAAGCAUACAAGGAGUAUUCUUAAGAAUCAAGAGAGUUGACUCCAAUAUCCACGGUAAUAGUAUAAACAUUUUGUUGUAUGAUUAUUAUUAAUUAUCAUACAAAAAAAUGUUUACUCUUUGUACUAAUCGUCUAGUCUUCCAUAUAACAAUUUUUAAUAAUAAUUUAUUUUCAUAGAACGUAUAUAUAUAUUUAUUUAUUAUAGAUGCUGCAUAGAAAAUGCAAUGAAUUAGGCUACAUACAUAAAUACGUGCCCAAUAUCGAUCAAUCGAAUUCAUUUUUCCGUCUGUGCCUACAAUCUCUAAAUAUAUAUUUUAGAUUAGAUUUUGAGACGAGAUUUUAAUCAAAACGUUUGUGAAAUUUUUUAAUUUCUUACGACAGAAAUAUUCGAUAUAUAAAAAACAAAAAAAAGAAGAAGGAAAAAGAAAAAGAAAAAAGAUCAAAUCAAAUCAAAUCAAAUCAAAUCAAAUCAAAUCAAA